UGGCAGGGUUAAACAUCAGGAAAGAGUCCAGAAGGUUCGGUAAACACAGCUGAUGACCAGAUGUGGACAGGUGAGCAGCUUCAGGAUUGGGAGAAGUAGAUUUUAACCCUGGCUGAGGGCAAUGCUGUGAAGCAGCCAAAGUGACUGUGAUGGAUAUGACUGUGACUCGGAAAGCUGCCAUCACCUGGUUCACCACAACUCAAGCUGCGAAGCUGUUGAGAGGUGGCACGAUCCCAGACUGGUUCCAUGGCAUCAUCACCCGGAGAGAAGCUGAAGAAUUGCUGAAGGAUAAACCUCAGGGCUGUUUCCUUAUCCGUGUUGGUGAGAGUCGGAUUGGACUUAGCCUCUCAUACAGAGGAUUUGAUCGAUGCCGCCAUUUCAUCAUUGAUGUAACAACAGGCGGACAGUACAACAUCACAGGAGAGUCAAUAUUCCACAACUCACUGCAGGAUUUGGUCAAUUACCACACUCAAUUUCCUAUUGACCCCUACAAAGAAUGCCUGACUGUGCCUUGUCGACAGCUGAGCCAGUCCACUGUCCAUUAUGAAGAGCUGUGCCUUUUUGUUCCCACAAAGGAGGUACAAGGCUCACCAACUCCUCACUCAAGUUCCUCAAGCUCCAAUCCAGAGCCCUCAGACCCUGCUCCUGACAGGUGGACUGCUAGCCUAUCAAAACAAGUGUCCAGUGGCCCUCGAUUACCCCCAAGAGGAAACCGUCACAAGAUGCCUCCUCUUCCACUUCCACGUCGAGGAAUCACUGACUCGAAACCAACACCAGAGACUAGAACCUCCUCUGGUGGUCAGCCUUCUCUGCUGCCAGUGAAGAGACUUUACCCCUCAUUCAGCCAGCUGACUGCCUUGUCUACAGAGCAGGAGCCCAUUCCUGCUGUAACUGCUUCUGAUCCCCGGAAUCAAAGGAAUCAGCCCAGCAGCCCUGAAACAACAAUGUGCCAUUCAAAUUCUGAAUUUAAGCAUCAAGCCAGUGAUAACCUCAACAGCAGACAAUCUAACCCCAUCCCUCCCCAGAGACAGCCCACUGAUCACCCAAACCCCAGGCCUAUCCCUCCCCAGAGACAGCCCAUUGAUCACCCAAACCCCAAGCCCAUCCCUCCCCAGAGACAGCCCAUUAAUCACCCAAACCCCUGGCCUAUCCCUCCCCAGAGACAGCCCAUUGAUCACCCAAACCCCUGGCCUAUCACUCCCCAGAGACAGCCAACUGAUCACAUGACUGACACGAAAUAUACAGGUGACUCCCCUUCAAAUAUGAGUCACUCUGACCUGCUUUUCCCAGCUCUGAACAACUCCCAUCACUCUCCCAGGACCACACGUGGGCAGUCCCUAUCACAGGGUCAGUUCAUGCCCCACAGACACAUAAUCUGUUCAAGGCAGUUUGAUGAGAAGAAGACAGUGGAAGGUGCUCAGUUGCCGACCGAGGGAGAGGUAAGAGAACAGGAAAGUGGCAGCUUUGAUCUACCUAUAGAAUAUAUGACUCCACCUCCAUAUGCUCCUGGAUAUUAACCCAACCAAAAGAUUGUGAAGAUGUAAUGUUACUGAUAAAAGAUGUCUGCCUUUACAAAGAACAAACAACAAAGAAAAUUACAGCACAGGAACAGGCCCUUCGGCCCUCCAAGCCUGCGCUGAUCCAGAUCCUCUAUCUAAACCUGUCGACUAUUUUCCCAGGAUCUGUCUCCUUCUGCUCCCUGCCCAUUCAUCUAUCUGUCUAGAUACAUCUUAAAUGACGCUAUCGUGCCCGCCUCUACCACCUCCACUGGCAACGCGUUCC